AAGCUUCAGAUUCUUUAGAUUCGGCUUCAGAAAGUUCAGAUUCGGCUUCAGAAACUUCAGAUUUGGCUUCAGAAGCUUUAGAUUUUUUAGAUUCGAUUUCAGAAGUAAACAGCCUGGUGAAAAAAUGUGCUAUUGUUGAAGCAAAUGAAUCUAAUAUUCAUGAAAAGAAUGAAAGAAAAGAAUUAAGUUAUAUUAAUUCAUUAAAGAAAAAAAGAAGAGAAAAGAGAAUGCCCGAAACUUUGGUGUCUCAAGACCCAACAAAAAUAUUUGAAAUGUAUUCUCAGCCUGUCAACAGAUAUUUUAAUGAAGCCUCGAUAUCAUCAUUAGAACCAGAACUAUUGCCAAUGCUAAUAGAAGAUGUUAAUAGUUGCGCUGCUUAUCUUCGAAUUUGGGAUUCUUAUUAUGAUUAUUGUAUAAGAGAAAUCGGAAACUAG